AUGGGACAGUAUCAACAGAUGCUUGUUUGUCUUUGUCUUCUCUCACCUGGUCCUUCUCUAGAGAAAGUUUUGUUAUGUACGCUUUCUUCUGGGGAAAACACACACAAGCAGCCGACAGAGAGUCAAGAAGUCUUGAGAGACCUCAGGAGCAACCUCAGGAGGGACAGGGUGAAGCUGCCUGUGCUCAGGUCCGGAAGCAACCCGGCUCUUUUUCCACGGCGGGCCCGCCUUGUCCUCGGGCGCCUCAGCCCCAGACGCCCUCUCGCCCCGAGGCAGAGUCUGCCUCGGUGCCACCGCGAAAUGGGCCCGGCGCCGCGCAGGCUCCGACGCGCGCCCAAGGGCCCGGCCUCGUUCUGGCUGCCGCCGCCCUGCCGUCCGCGCGGCGCUGCACUGGGGGCGGGGAGUCUGAUGGGAGACGCGCGCGGCGCUGAGGAGGCGGCAGCCCGGGAGAGGGAGCGGGAGCGGGACUGGGCGCGGGCGGUGUCCCCGCGGGUCCCGGGGCCCCUGCGCUCGCCCGCACCCCGUGCCCCCUUUGUGCCGCGACCCGGGCACCGCGGCCUCCGCGCGAGCCCUGCGGGAGCCCGCGACCCGGCUGGGAAGCAGAUUGGGCACCUGAGCUCCAAACGAGAGUGGAAGCCCCUGGAAGAUCGUAGCUGCACAGACAUACCAUGGCUACUGCUCUUUGUCGUCUUCUGUGUUGGGAUGGGAUUUAUUUGUGGCUUUUCAGUAGCAACAGGUGCAGCAGCAAGACUAGUGUCAGGAUACGACAGCUAUGGAAAUAUCUGUGGGCAGAAAAAUGCAAAGUUGGAAGCAAUACCAAACAGUGGCAUGGACCACACCCACCGGAAGUAUGUGUUCUUUUUGGAUCCAUGCAAACUGGACUUGAUAAACCAGAAGAUCAAGUCUGUAGCACUAUGUGUAGCAGCAUGUCCAAGAGAAGAAUUGAAAACCUUGGGUGAUGUCCAAAAGUUUGCAGAGAUGAAUGGCUCAGCACUAUGUAGCUACCACAUAAAGCCUUCCGAAUAUACAAAAUCUCCUGAUUUUUGCCCCAAACUACCAGUUCCAGCGAGUGCACCUAUUCCAUUCUUCCAUCGCUGUGCUCCUGUGAACAUUUCCUGCUAUGCCAAGUUUGCAGAGGCCCUGAUCACCUUUGUCAGUGACAAUAGUGUCUUACACAGGCUGAUUAGUGGAGUAAUGACCAGCAAAGAAAUUAUAUUGGGACUUUGCUUGUUAUCACUAGUUCUAUCUAUGAUUUUGAUGGUGAUAAUCAGGUAUAUAUCAAGAGUACUUGUAUGGAUCCUAACAAUUCUGGUCAUACUGGGUUCACUUGGUGGCACAGGUGUACUAUGGUGGCUGUAUGCAAAGCAAAGAAGAUCACCAAAAGAAAAAGUUCUUCCUGAACAGCUUCAGAUAGCUGAAGACAGUCUUCGGGCCCUCCUCAUCUAUGCCAUUUCAGCGACAGUGUUCACCGUUAUCUUAUUUCUGAUAAUGCUGGUGAUGCGCAAACGUGUUGCUCUCACAAUUGCCUUGUUCCAUGUGGCGGGUAAGGUCUUCAUUCACCUGCCACUGUUAGUCUUCCAACCGUUUUGGACCUUCUUUGCUCUUGUCUUAUUUUGGGCAUACUGGAUCAUGACACUGCUUUUUCUUGGCACUACUGGCAGUGCUGUUCCCAAUGACCAAGGCUUUGUGGAAUUUAGAGUUUCUGGUCCUCUGCAGUACAUGUGGUGGUACCAUGUGGUCGGCCUAAUUUGGAUCAGUGAAUUUAUUCUAGCAUGUCAGCAGAUGACUGUGGCUGGAGCUGUAGUAACAUACUACUUUACUAGGGAUAAGAGAAACUUGCCAUUUACACCCAUUUUGGCAUCAGUGAAUCGCCUUAUUCGUUAUCACCUUGGUACUGUGGCAAAAGGAUCGUUUAUUAUCACAUUAGUAAAAAUUCCACGAAUGAUCCUUAUGUACAUUCACAGUCAGCUGAAAGGAAAGGAAAAUGCUUGUGCACGGUGUAUGCUGAAAUCGUGUAUUUGUUGCCUUUGGUGUCUUGAAAAGUGCCUAAAUUAUUUAAAUCAGAAUGCAUACACAGCCACAGCUAUCAACAGCACGAACUUCUGCACCUCCGCAAAGGAUGCCUUUGUCAUUCUGGUGGAGAACGCUUUGCGAGUGGCUGCCAUCAACACAGUGGGAGACUUCAUGUUAUUCCUAGGCAAGGUGCUGAUAGUCUGCAGCACAGGUUUGGCUGGGAUUAUGCUGCUCAACUACCAGCAGGAUUACACAGUAUGGGUGCUGCCUCUGAUCAUCGUCUGCCUCUUUGCUUUCCUAGUCGCCCAUUGCUUCCUGUCCAUUUAUGAAAUGGUAGUGGAUGUAUUAUUCUUGUGUUUUGCCAUUGAUACAAAGUACAAUGAUGGGAGCCCUGGCAGAGAGUUCUAUAUGGAUAAAGUGCUAAUGGAAUUUGUGGAAAACAGUAGGAAAGCAAUGAAAGAAGCUGGUAAGGGAGGCGUUGCUGAUGCCAGAGAGCUAAAGCCGAUGCUGAGGAAAAGGUGACUGGUCUCAUGGGCCCGGAAGAAUGGACUCCGAGGAGGCUGUUUACACGUUCUCCCACUCGCCAGCUGUUAAGCGUCUGCAGGCGCAGAGCAGGAUCUGGUUACUUCAAUGGAAGCAUGCGACGAGGUUCCCCAAGCACCAAUAGCCACGUGGAUUUGCUGCAGUGGGGCUGUCUAAUAAAUGAUUCAUCAGAAGUAUUUGAUAAUAAUCUGUCCUUGAGCAGUGUCAUCAAACUUAAUGUUGUUUUCUCUUCUAGACAUGCGCAAGUGUAAGAGGUUCCCUCUGCUUCUUGUCUAGUGCCAGCGUUGGCCUGAAGUUUAAUCCGCAAUUCUCUGCUUUCAGGCUAGACUUGUCCUUUUUGCGCUAUUUAUAGAGCUGAUAAGGGUUAAUAACUACUAUUUAUUGAGGGCUUGUUAUUUGAAGCAUUAUGAUGCUGCUCUACAUACAUUUAAUCCUUAUAAUAUCCCUGUAAAUUUGUGCAUGAUAUCUCCUGUUUGUCCAUGAAGCGAUGGAGGCUCAGAGAGGUUGUGUGCUGUGGUAAGAUCACACAGCUGCCAGGGAUAAGAUUCAAAUCUAAGUCUAACUCUACAGCCCCUCUGCAAUAAUACUUUACUCUGCUCCUUAUUGCUCCAGAGAUAGUAUCAUCACAGCAUCAUUCUUGUACAGCAUUCCUCUGUAAUGUCUUAAGAGUGGGGUGAGGAUGGUGGUGUGUGUGCAUAGAAGUGUCUUGGAGGGAGGAUCAGGGAAACACUAAAGGUUGCUGAAGAAUCACGGAAUUAUUUUCUAAGCAAAAUCACACUUCAUGUUAUGUGGCCUGUGAGUCAAACCCAGCCCCCUCCAUCUGUUUUUGUAAAUAAUGUUUUACGAAAAAAAAAUAGCCACACUUAAUCCUUUACAAACUGUCCUAUGGCUGCAUUCUUUCUAUGAUGGCAGGUUUUGCAUAAUUGUGACCCAGACCACAUGCCCCUUUUAGAAAAUGCGUGCUAACCAUGAUUAAAUGAUUUUGGAAGAGAGUUGACAGUUUUAAGAACAAUGUAUUAUUUUUUCUAUUUGACUCAAAAACUACAUAAAGAUUAGCAAUGCUUACAUUCCUGAUGGGGAACCUUUCAGAGCUUUCAAUGGUAACAGACACCCACUGUGGCAUGCGUGUCAUAGGUUCGCCACCACAGGCUGAGGUGCUCACUGGUAAGGGUGGUAGUGGUUGGGUGUGUUGGGGGAAUUCAGCCAGGGAAAGGAAGGGGCAAGGCGUAGAAGGACCUGUGCAUCUGGGUAACCAGGCAACUCCUCACCCCAGACUCCUCCCACUCAUGUCAUUCCUAGCCUUCCUGCCAAACUGUGUCCUCAAAUAGCUCUUUGUUCACAAACAUGGAAGUGGCUUCCCACGUACAACAUGCUCAACUCCCAGCAACACCUUGGCCUAGAAUUCAAAGGUCGUUACAAUCUAACCUCUGCCAGUCUCUCUCCUCACCUCCUUUUUAACUUUAUUUUCCCACAGGAAAUCAUGCCAAAUUUGAGUUUAUAUUCUUAAAGCCAAUUUAUUUGUAUUUGAUUCACUUUUAUGAAAAGUAAAUAUAUAUUCUUAUAGGUGUUUAUCUUAGUUUGUCAGGGCUGUUAUAACAAAAUAUAUACUCUAGAUUGUAUAACUUAUAGUCAACAGUAACUUACUUCUCACAGUUCGAGACAGUGGGAAGUCCAAGAUCAAGUUGCUGGCGGCAAAUUCAAUGUCUGGCCAGGAGCUGUUCUUUGCUUGAUCGACAGCACCUUCUCAGUGUAAUCUCACAUGGUAGGAGCUGCAAGGUUGUCCCUCUGAGGCUCUUUGUCCCUAUACUUACAUGAGGGCUCUGCCUCCAUGACCUGGUCACCUCUCAAAGGCCCACUUCCUAAUCCCAUCACGUUAGAGCUUAGAAUUUUCCACAAAUGAACUCUGGGGAGCGGGACACAAAUAUUGAGACCAUAGCAGUUGUAUCUGGCAACAGGAUACCAGGCUUGGCUUUCCAACAUGAUACCGCUUCACCUAAGCUGAAAAAAUUAUAUGUGCAUUAUUUACUUUUUUACAGGUGUUAUCAAUUGAAUUUAGCAAUGAAGAAGUUUAGCUAUUUAAAAAAUUAUAAUAUGAUAAGCUUUUAUCCAAAUGGCUCUGUAUUUUUCAUAAAGAUAACCUUUGUGGCUGAAGAA